UCGCCCUAUAUAUACAUUUCAUUUUCUUCAUUCCCUUUACUCCCUCCUCACCACCUUCAUCUCUUUAAAAGGAUCCUCCCAUCACUAAUCAAGUACAUUUGAGAGAUGGAGACCUUCCUAUUCACAUCUGAAUCCGUCAACGAGGGACACCCAGACAAACUCUGCGACCAAGUCUCAGAUGCUAUCCUUGAUGCUUGCCUAGAACAAGAUCCCGAAAGCAAAGUCGCCUGUGAGACAUGCACAAAGACCAACAUGGUCAUGGUUUUCGGUGAGAUCACCACUAAAGCGACUGUGGACUACGAGAAGAUCGUCCGUGACACUUGCAGAAACAUCGGGUUCACAUCUGCUGAUGUUGGUCUUGAUGCUGACACUUGUAAUGUUUUGGUCAAUAUUGAGCAACAGAGCCCAGAUAUUGCCCAGGGUGUUCACGGUCACUUGACCAAAAAGCCCGAGGAAAUCGGUGCAGGUGAUCAAGGUCACAUGUUUGGUUACGCAACUGAUGAGACCCCCGAGCUUAUGCCCCUGACCCAUGUCCUUGCAACCAAGCUUGGUGCCAAGCUAACCGAAGUGAGAAAGAACAAAACCUGUGCUUGGCUUAGACCCGAUGGCAAGACCCAAGUGACAGUUGAGUACCACAAUGACAACGGUGCUAUGGUCCCAACUCGGGUUCACACCGUUCUCAUCUCCACACAACAUGAUGAAACCGUGACAAACGACCAAAUUGCAGCCGAUCUUAAAGAGCAUGUUAUUAAACCAGUUAUCCCUGCUCAAUAUCUUGAUGACAACACCAUCUUCCAUUUGAAUCCAUCGGGCCGGUUCGUGAUCGGUGGACCCCACGGAGAUGCGGGUCUGACCGGUAGAAAGAUCAUCAUCGACACCUACGGUGGAUGGGGCGCACACGGUGGUGGUGCUUUCUCUGGAAAAGACCCAACCAAAGUGGACAGAAGUGGUGCUUAUAUUGUUAGGCAAGCAGCCAAGAGUAUUGUUGCUUCCGGGCUAGCCCGUAGGUGCAUUGUGCAGGUGUCUUAUGCCAUCGGUGUGGCUGAGCCGCUAUCUGUGUUUGUGGACACAUACAAAACCGGAACUAUCCCCGACAGGGAUAUCCUUGCUCUUAUCAAGGAAAAUUUUGACUUCAGGCCCGGGAUGAUGGCAAUCAAUCUUGACCUUAAAAGGGGUGGCAAUUUCAGGUAUCAGAAAACUGCUGCAUAUGGGCAUUUUGGUCGCGAAGAUCCUGAUUUCACCUGGGAGACUCCUAAGGUUCUAAAACCCAAAGCUUGAGGAUCGUGAGUUUACCAGAAGUCGUCGAUUUUUUUUGCCCGAAUGGAGAAUAAACAAACUUUAUCAGAGACUAAAUACAGUCGGGUAAAACUGUGUAGGAAUUAUUGAAACUUCUUGAUUGUUUUGGUUACAUGUUGUUUACAAUUCUUUGUGUUUGUUUUUGGCUAUUUGGAAUCAUUUAGGAUUGUAUAAUUACAAUCAACUGGGAAAGCAAGCUAUAUUCAUAUUCAAUUCAGUGUAAUCUUUCAACACAUUUAACUUUACUAAAGAAAUUGUUGAUUUA